GUGUGUUGAGUAUAAAGCCAACAGCGCCCCCUGGAGUCCCUAUAUCCGAGAGUCGCAGAAUCUCCCUUCAAACUUUUAAACUUUCACCUAAUAUUUUGUCUUCUUUGUCUUUGACUUAUUUUUCUUUACUAUUAACUGAAACCGAAGUUCAAGCAAAAACGUUGCUAGAAUGAAAUAAUUGUUUUUAUUUCCAAACGGACAUUUUCGCGCCUUAAUUUAUUUGAUUUUAAAAAGGAGAGCUCAGAAGCAUAACGCCACAGCUUGACACCAACCAACAUCCUCAGCAGGUGAUAAAGAUGCCAGGCUAUAAAUGUAAUCGCUCACUCAAGAAAAAGCUCAGUUGUGAGCUUGUGAAGACCAUCAGCAGCCUAAGAAAGGAGAAUGUCCUUAUGAAGAAAACUCUAGCUGAGGUGUCCCAUCAUUGCGGAGAACAUAAUAAGCUCUUGGAGAGACUCCUGGCUCUUGAAACUCUGCGGCUGGAGAGUUGUCAGCAGCUUCCAACAAAAGAUGGAAAACCAUCUUCGUCCUCAGAGGAUCUCUGCACAAAGGAGAGGAACUCUCUGGACGGAGAUUCCCCAUCAGAAAAACAGGUGUCAUCCAAUUAUGAAGCUGUCUUACAUCUUCAAAAUAAGCUCAGUGAUGCUUUGGAAAAGAACAAGCAGUGGCUGGAGUAUGACCAGCAGAGAGAGGCCUAUGUGAGGGCAAUUCUGGACAAAAUGUUAUGGCUGGAGAAGCAACUGAAUGAAGCCAAUCAGGCCCACUCAAAGCAGCACAAUAAGGAGCAUUCAGAUGAAGAGGCACAGAUACAGAUUAAGGAACGCUUUGAAAGUCUCCUGAAAGAGGUUCAUAUCUGGCUGGAUAUGCUCAGAAAACAAGGUGAAGUGGCUCAUGAGGAGCUGACAUUUGCUGAAAAAAGGUUCAAAGAAAGAGAGAAAGAGCUGGAGGCUCUCACACACCAGUUAAAGAGUGAAACAAUAAGCAAAGGAGGCCCAGAAGAAGAAUGUCAUAACUCUGAUGAGGAAGAGCAACAGUUGAGGGAGGAGACUAAAGAGCUUCAAGCCAAGCUGAAGGAGGAGAAGCGAAGGUCUACUAACUUUGAGUUGCAGGCAAGCCUCUAUCAGAGGUACAUGUUAAACCAUCACCAUGCAGACCAGGAAAAGAUUGCAGACCUGGAAAGACAGAUCAAGAUUUCUUCACAAGACCUUCAGGAUGCAAAGCUGGACUCUUCAUAUUUAAAGAAGCAAAUGCUCAGAAUUCUGAAGAAGCUGCCAAAAACAAAAGGCCUUAACCCAAAACAGUCAAAGAGAAACCAGCAGGACCUCAGCUUGUGUGGAGAGGUGAUGCCCCCCACCUCAUCCCCCAGAGACAGCCUGGCAUCCUCUUCUCACAGCAGCCUGCUGAAUGAAAGUUUGCUGGAGUGUCCUACCUGCCAGGCCGAGUACCCAGCCAGUCAAUACCGAGAACUACUAAAGCACCUGGAAAUAUGUCUCGAGUGAACCGACGUAGAAAUGUUCAGUUCUGUGUCUUUGUUAGAGGAUGCCCAUAUAGUGUUACCACAAGUUCAAACUUUGUUGAUAAACUGCAAUUUUUAUGCACAUUUUAUGAUUUAAAAUUGAACUACAUUUUGUAAGCAUUAUUUUAAUUCAAAUAAAUUUACUUUGAGACUUCUU